CUGAGAACAAAUUUGGAAAAUUUGGAAAUUCUUCUGGAAAUUCAACUGGAAAAGUAAAUUUGGAAAUGAAAAUUAAAUACUGCGUGGUCAAUACAAAUGACUUAAAAGAAUCGACUGGAGUUCCUGCAGGCGAAGUUUUCGAUCUUCAACCUUGAUGGUUGCCCGAUGAUAAAGAUAGAGGAUGCUGGUCCUAGUGAUCCGGGAAGAUAUUGGUAUCCUGGAUGAUGAAAUGGUGUUCGUACAACAGCCGAAUUUUGAAAGUCGUGAAGGAUGCCUUGGUCUGCAGGCGAAGAUGCCUUCAUCGAAGAUGUGAACAUGGACAUGGACAGGAAAGACGACAUUGCCAACGCUGAUGGAUGUUCUGAAGAAACAACCGCCCAGGAGUCACGAGCCGAUUAUCCUCUGCACUUCCAUAUGCUGUGGAUCCAAUCUCUCCAAGAUGGGUCCAAUUAUGGCCCCAACGGACGCUUGAAAUAUGUUCCAGCCAGAGGAGCUGCUCCAAAAUAAGGUGGCCUUGGAGACCCUGAUCAUCUCCACAGGCAAGACGUUCUAUAAAGCGUUUUUUCGUUGUUUUAAACUACUAUUGUGAAAAAAAUAUUAGAUGGCUAACAGCUGGUCUCAACUGGAUGACGUAGCAGCCAGCUUCUGUUAGCACCAUUCGCAGCGAAUACACACAUACAAUGCCAGGGCUGCAAUAAACAGCUGAUUGCUGAGUCAAUUUUGGGAUUGUAUUAUUAAAAAGCUGAGUUGUAAAACCUUUGUAUUAUACCUAGAAAAUGUCCACUGAAAUGGCGCAUCGGAUGAGGGCUAUGAAAUGCCCGACGGACGAACUGUCCCUAACGAACAGGGCCAUUGUGAAUGGUUCCGAUUUCACGGAGGAGGUCAAAUAUGUGGACAUCUCGCCGGGACCGGGACUGCACUACAUCUUCGCGCUGGAGAAGAUCAGCGGGGCGGAACUGCCGCCUGGCCACGUAGGAUUCUCGCUCGUCCAGCGGAAGUGGGCCACGCUCUCCAUCAACCAGGAAAUAGACGUCCGACCCUACCGAUUCGACGCCAGUGCGGACCUCAUAACACUCGUGUCCUUCGAGACGGACUUCCUGCAGAAGAAGACCACCACGCAGGAGCCCUACGACUCGGACGAGAUGGCCAAGGAGUUCCUCAUGCAGUUCGCCGGAUUGCCCCUCACCGUCGGACAAACCCUGGUUUUCCAGUUUAAAGACAAGAAGUUCCUGGGCCUCGCAGUGAAAACCCUUGAGGCAGUGGAUCCCCGAACAGUGGGGGAUACUGCCCCAAAGACCCGGAACGUCCGGUUCGGUCGCAUCCUUGGCAACACAGUGGUGCACUUCGAAAAGGCCGAGAACUCCGUCCUAAAUCUGCAGGGUCGCUCCAAGGGUAAAAUUGUGCGGCAGUCGAUCAUAAAUCCGGACUGGGACUUCGGCAAGAUGGGCAUUGGUGGCUUGGACAAGGAGUUCAAUGCGAUCUUUCGACGCGCCUUCGCCUCUCGCGUUUUCCCGCCGGAAUUGGUGGAGCAGCUCGGAAUCAAACACGUGAAGGGCAUCCUUUUGUACGGACCACCCGGCACGGGUAAGACCCUGAUGGCCCGGCAAAUAGGAACCAUGCUGAAUGCCCGCGAACCCAAGAUUGUGAACGGGCCGCAGAUCCUUGACAAGUACGUGGGCGAGUCGGAGGCCAAUAUCCGGCGCCUGUUUGCCGAAGCCGAGGAGGAGGAAAAGCGUUUGGGACCGAAUAGUGGCCUGCACAUCAUCAUCUUUGACGAAAUCGAUGCCAUCUGCAAGGCUCGUGGCUCGGUGGCAGGCAAUAGUGGUGUCCACGACACGGUCGUCAAUCAACUGCUGGCCAAGAUCGACGGCGUGGAGCAGCUGAACAACAUCCUGGUGAUUGGAAUGACCAACAGGCGGGACAUGAUCGACGAGGCGCUUCUGCGACCUGGUCGCUUGGAAGUUCAAAUGGAGAUCAGCUUGCCCAACGAGCAGGGUCGCGUUCAAAUCCUCAAUAUCCAUACUAAACGGAUGCGGGACUUUAACAAGAUAGCCAGCGAUGUGGACAACAUCGAGAUUGCAGCCAGGACAAAGAAUUUCAGUGGCGCAGAACUGGAGGGACUUGUCAGAGCGGCACAAUCCACGGCUAUGAACCGACUAAUUAAGGCGGAUUCAAAGGUUCAUGUAGAUCCCGAGGCAAUGGAGAAGUUGAGAGUAACCCGUGCCGAUUUCCUACACGCUUUGGACAACGACAUCAAGCCCGCUUUUGGAGCCGCCCAGGAAAUGUUAGAGAAUCUACUGGCGCGUGGCAUUAUAAACUGGGGUCCACCGGUCAAUGACAUCCUGGAGGAUGGAAUGCUGUCCGUGCAGCAGGCGAAGGCCACUGAAGGCUCCGGACUAGUGUCCGUUCUCAUCGAAGGAGCCCCCAACUCUGGCAAGUCAGCGCUGGCCGCCAAUCUGGCCAAGAUGAGUGAUUUCCCGUUUGUCAAGGUCUGUUCCCCGGAGGAUAUGGUGGGAUUCACGGAGUCUGCCAAGUGCCUGCACAUCCGCAAGGUCUUCGACGACGCCUAUCGCUCCACGUUGAGCUGCAUUGUGGUGGACAAUGUGGAAAGAUUACUGGACUACGGGCCGAUCGGACCCAGGUACUCCAAUCUCACUCUGCAGGCCCUACUGGUGCUGCUAAAGAAGCAGCCGCCCAAGGGUCGAAAACUGCUUAUCCUGUGCACUUCCAGCCGAAAAGAUGUCCUCGAAGAGAUGGAAAUGCUGCCGGCUUUCACGUCCGUGUUGCAUGUGUCCAAUCUCUCGAACCCCGAGCAUGUGCUCGCCGUGCUGGAGGACUCGGAUUUUUUCAGUGCGGAGGAGCUGCAGAAUAUUGCCAGAAAUAUGGCCGGCAAGCGGGUGUGCAUCGGCAUCAAGAAGCUGCUGGCCCUAAUCGACAUGAUCCGUCAAUCGGAACCCCACCAACGGGUCAUCAAGUUCCUCAGCAAAAUGGAGGAGGAGGGCGGAUUGGAGUUGGUGGCCAGAUCGCACUAGCUACCGCCCAUCUCCGAGCUGCGGUUGUCCAUUGUGGAGCUCCACGACGCCUUCUAAUUCCCUUACAUUCCAUUUCCAAACAUUUAGGGUGGUUCGAUAGGAUUGAUGUAAAAAUUAAGGGAAGAUACCUAUACUUGCAUUGGUAUAAUUUCCUUAUUUUCAUCAGAAUGUUUGGAAAAUCAGUUAAAAUCGAACCUUAACUUUGAUGUUGUUUUUAUUUUAAGGAUCUAAAGACGUUCUCUUGGUAGUUCAAUGCUUAAUAGUGACGAAACAGAAGGGAAAAAAGUAGUAUAUUAUUAUUUUGUUGCUUAUUUGAUGCAAUAAUAGUGGAUAAAAUGAUAUACUUCCAAGGAACUUUUAAAUUAGUUGAUUUCAAACUUAUUUGACUGAAUCGGCGAUUCACUGAAGUGAAGUAUGAAGUCAAUUAAUUGUAUUGGUUUUUCCAGAUGUGUCUAGUUUUAUUUAUAUUGAACAUGGAUUAUCCCUAAGUAAAAUAUUUCUAAUUAAAAAAGAAGAUUUAAAACAGAA